UCCGCUCGGGCCGCCCCUCGGUCUCCCUCCGCUCCCACCUAUCCCCCGACACCCGGAGAAAAGCUUGCAAAGGCGCCGAGAGGGACGGAAACCACAAAUAAAUAGCGGCGGCAGCAGCGCGUCAUCUGGUGGAGCAGGAAGUGCAGGCAGAGUCCGGAGGCUGGUGCUUUCUGCGCGUCCCCAGGACUUUGCCAUGGGCUGGGGGCCGCGGAGGCUCCGAGCGGCCAGGCGAGGGCAGCGGCGGCGGCGUCCGCACCGGGGCUGAGAGAGCAGCGACGCGCGGGGCGCGCGGAGAUGGCAGCGUCCAGCAACUCCAGCCUGUCCGGCUCCUCGGUGUCCUCCGAUGCUGAAGAGUACCAGCCUCCAAUAUGGAAAUCGUACUUGUAUCAGUUACAGCAAGAGGCCCCUCGUCCCAAGAGGAUCAUUUGUCCUGGUGAGGUGGAAAACAGACCAAAAUAUUAUGGAAGAGAGUUUCACGGGAUCAUCUCCCGGGAACAGGCAGACGAGCUUCUUGGAGGUGUGGAGGGUGCCUACAUUCUUAGAGAAAGCCAGCGCCAGCCAGGAUGCUACACGUUAGCUCUGAGGUUUGGAAACCAGACCUUAAACUACAGGCUCUUCUACGAUGGAAAACACUUUGUGGGAGAGAAGAGGUUUGAAUCAAUUCACGAUCUGGUCACAGAUGGCUUGAUAACACUGUACAUAGAAACAAAAGCUUCUGAAUACAUUUCCAAAAUGACGACAAACCCCAUUUAUGAACACAUUGGAUAUGCCACUUUACUCAGAGAAAAGGUGUCCAGAAGGCUAAGCAGGUCUAAAAACGAGUCAAGGAAAACGAGCGUCACAAACGAAGAGCACACAGCGGUUGAAAAGAUCUCCUCCCUGGUCCGAAGGGCCGCCCUCACGCACAACGACAACCAUUUCAACUAUGAGAAGACACACAACUUUAAGGUCCACACGUUCCGAGGCCCGCACUGGUGUGAAUACUGUGCCAACUUCAUGUGGGGGCUCAUUGCCCAAGGGGUCCGGUGCUCAGACUGUGGAUUGAACGUACACAAACAGUGUUCCAAGCACGUUCCCAAUGACUGCCAACCUGAUCUCAAGAGGAUCAAGAAGGUGUACUGCUGUGACCUCACAACACUCGUGAAGGCUCACAACACACAGAGACCCAUGGUGGUGGACAUAUGCAUUCGGGAAAUCGAAGCAAGAGGAUUAAAGUCAGAAGGCCUUUACAGAGUCUCCGGGUUCACUGAACACAUCGAAGAUGUCAAAAUGGCUUUUGACAGAGAUGGUGAAAAGGCAGAUAUAUCUGCCAACAUCUAUCCAGACAUAAACAUUAUCACUGGAGCCCUUAAACUGUAUUUCAGAGACUUACCCAUUCCUGUCAUCACCUACGAUACCUAUUCCAAAUUUAUAGAAGCAGCAAAAAUCGCCAACGCAGAUGAGAGGCUGGAAGCAGUCCAUGAAGUGCUGAUGCUGCUGCCUCCUGCCCACUAUGAGACCCUCAGAUACCUAAUGAUCCACCUCAAGAAGGUGACUAUGAAUGAAAAGGACAAUUUCAUGAACGCUGAAAAUCUGGGGAUCGUGUUUGGGCCCACCUUGAUGAGGUCCCCUGAGGACAGCACCCUCACCACCCUCCAUGACAUGCGGUACCAAAAGCUGAUUGUGCAGAUUUUAAUAGAAAAUGAAGAUGUUUUGUUUUAAUCCACCAGGGAAAUGAGCUGAAUGGCCCCACCCCCCUCUAAGUUGAUAAGGCUAAAGGAAUAAAAACGUUUCUUACUCUUGAUUUGUUUUCCAAACAAGUGACAGAAUUUCCUGGACCACGGUGGAUUGCCAAGUCAGCUACUGUGUCUCAUAGACACUCGCCUCCAUGUGAGAACAGCGAGAGUGAGGGUAGGGAAAAAGCCCUCGCCUUGGGUCUUUGCCGUGCCUCCUAUGAAUGUCUGUUUUGCUGGAAGAGUGAUAAUAAAUCCUUCUUUAACUUAUUAAAAAGCAAUGUAGACUUUUAAAUUUCAGUCUUAUCAGUAAUGAAAGGGAACUUCAUUCAUAGAGGUACUUGUUACAGUUAUACAUUUUCCACUUACAAAAAGAAGACAAUUCUAUAUGUUAAAUGUUAAAUGAAACUUAUAUUGUAAAAUGUAUUUUUAUUUUAGCUGCAAGAAUGUUACUUUAUUUUAGCAAAUAGAACUCAAUGCAGUGCAUUGAUUAUUACCCUGUGUUCCUUAUCCUGCCUUCUUGCUGUGAUGCCCUGAAAAGGUUUACCAUGAAUGCAGUAUUAUCUUGACAUACCUCUGUCCUUAUAGUGCUUUUCAAUGAAAUUUCACCUGCCACCCGUGUCCCUGCUUUUGAUAGUUUUUGCUGUUAAGCGCUGGCAUUUUGCUAUCAUAGGGUGUAUGUUAAAAGCAAUUGUAGGAUGGUCUGAAACAUCCACAAAUUUUCUUUCCAUAAAAACUUUGUGAAAUCCCACAGUAUGUUUUGUAAUUGGUCGUAGUCUUUCCAUGUCAUGUGUGCAGUCAUUUUACAUAAAAUGAUUUGGGAACGCUGGUUGUAUCUGGGCCAUGUAAAAAGUUAGCACUUUUCCUCUUUUCUUUUCAAGCAAGCAUUCUGAAUUCAUCUGUUAGUGGCAAUUUGAAUUUUUUCCACAUUGCUGUAUUUAUGAAAAGUGAAUCUGCAUAAUAUUGUUGAUUUUUUUUUCAUUUUUGUUUUACAAAGCCUAUUUUUAAAAGUAAGAAUGAAUAAGUUUGGUUUUUACAAAUAUUUGUUCCUCCUUGAUAAAAGUAGCUCUGUAUGGGUAAUAAUUUAAUAUGAUUUUGUUACCAUAGUUCCAUCUUUUUGUUUAUAUUUAUCUUAGCAGGAGCUUUUCACACCAAGAUUUCUAUAUUUUUUAAUAUAGGUAAAAUAUUUAAAACAUCAAAAACGGUAAAUCUAGAUUUUUUCCUUAAAUCCAACUACAAUGUCUUUUCCUCUGAUUGUCUGAGAUGAUUCAUGUAAUUACUCACUCGUCUUGUUUUGGAGUGACCAGAAGAGAAUUACUAUGUGAUAAGUGAGCUGAAAGGGGGAGGCACUGCACGUGUUGUCCUGGAAAGUCCCAAGGGCUAUACGGAUGGACUUGGUUGGCACAUGGGGUCAAAAUGGUUCUGCUUGUUCCCUGCUAGUAUUGUUCCUCCCAACUGUACAGAUUUGUUUGUUGUAGCUUAUGUACUUCUUGAUACUGUCAAAAAAUUAUCUGGAAAUGGUUUUAUUUUGUGAAGUGAACAAUACUUUGUAAUUUAUGAUAGUGUAAAUGGAAAGAAAAGCAUUAAAUGUAUUAAAUUCUUCUGUGUAUCA